AUGGUUUCUUUGAUAAAGAUCACAGCAUUGCUCUGUGCAUGUAUACACCACGCAGGCGCCUCUGCCGUGUACUUAGACUCGGACUUUGAAAUCAACACGUCUGGAUACUUGUACAACAUAGGCGCAAAGAGGUACCUGGGGCUGGAGCCAACUAAGAAGCUGGAGAUUGUGGGCAUUGAAGAGCCCCGAAAGGCCCUGCGGUUUCGGGUAUAUCUGAACAAGUUUGCUGGCGACGCAGGGUUUGUUUUUAUGCUGGACGAGGGGCUGGACGACGUGGUGGGCGCAGGAAAAUCCCCAACCGCCAAGCAGAUGCACGAGAAGCCUGCCAUGAAAACGUGCACGAGCAGCGCAUCAAAAAAGGUCAUUCUGGAAAAGUACACAGGCUCCAACCACUUUGGGUUCUUUGUGACGCCGCCUGUGCUUCUGCACGAAAACGCGUUCAACCUCAUGGUGGGGGAAUACUGCAUCGCAUAUGACAGCGAGACAACAAGCAUAAAAGCCACUGGCUGCCAAGAGACUCCGCUAGACAAAAGAAACAAGCAAAUGUUUGCGUGGGUUGACUCGAAAACGUACAACAGAGGAGUCGAUCCAAUUUCAUACCGGCCAAACCCGUAUGCGCACAUCCAGAACAAGCCAAGGGAGGAGAAAAAGGAAAACGCGUGCAAGGCCAGCCAAAGCGAAGAAAAAGCGCACGACCAUCUUGUCAAUCCGUCGAAUCUGGCCUUCCAGAAGCCGUACAGGCCCGAGAAAGCAGAAGCCCAGAUCCCUGAAUACUGCAAAUAA